UGAUGAAACAACAGAGAGAAAGAAAAGGUGGCUCAUUUUGUUUCAAAUGAAAGGAAAUGUAAAUUUCGCUCAAGGAUGUAUGCAGCCAAGCCUGUCCUGUGUUGGAUCGUAAUUCUGUGCUGUUGGCAGGAAACUCUAGCCAAACCUACAAUCUCCAUGCUGAACAGAACCAGAGUGGCACUAGCAGGGGAAAGUCUUGACUUCAUCCUGUCAGUUUUCAUCCCAGCAAACUACACCACUAGCAAACUUGUAUGCCACCACACUCAGAACAUGACGAGAAUUUGGAAUAAAGAACUUAAAAGUGAAUUAUUUGAAACUACACAGUUGGUGAGGGCACAUAUCAACAUGCACAAUAGCUCCAGUUCUGGAAAUUACUACUUUAGUUAUGCAAAUCAGGAAGUGCAUUGGGUGGUUCAUGUGAGAGAUAAAGGUUAUCAGGAGCCACCUGAGGUGUUAGACAGUGCCAUCAUCAUAAUGAUGGCAUUCUCAGGAAUUCUUCUCAUCUUCACUGUUGCUGGGUCACUUUACAUAUUAAAGAGCUACAAGGAACACCCUCCUUGUAGAGAUGACAAAAAUGAAGUUGUAGAGCAGAGAUCAGGGGAGAGUGAUGGAGUGAUUUUGGAUGAAGAUGCUGCAUCUGCAUCACUCUACACAACUCUACAAUGCAGAUCAGACUCUAUUUAUGAUACACUGCAUUCAGACACGAUGCAUGUAGAAAACACAAAGAAGACAAAAUCAGAAAAGCACUGCAAUGCACAAGAAGAUGGUGUAUUUGAUUCUGUUUAUGAAAACCUGUGAAUGAAGGAAUGAUUGAGUUAAUGAAUAUGAUUUAUGAAUACCUGCUGGAAUGUGCUUAAGCGUCAAAUAAAGAUUUUUUUGUAUAAUUUAUUAUUUUAUGGGCCAGUAUGACAGAAGAUAAAUGAAAGAUCAAAACAACUGAAUAUGUGUCGUUUUUCCCCAAAACUCAUCAAACCUUUCGCCUUCUUGCAUAAAAAGCGGUACAUUUUCUGCAGCCCGUGAAAGCUCCGCCCUCACG